CGUGUCUGAAGAAAUACUGACGCGGGCUGACAUCAACAAUUCAAAAACUUCAUUAAAUAAUCUUUUCCAAUGCAUGUCCGUCGCUUACAGUUAUUAAGAAAAGUAAUUACAUGAUCUGUCAGUUUGCAUCGCCAGUAGAAAUUGUGGAUAUUCACAAACAACCAGAGGCUGUUGUUUUGGAAGGAAAAUAUUGGAAAAGAAAAUUUAAUGCAGUGACUGCAGAAUACAAAAAAUGGAGACUAUUUUAUCGGAGUUUACUACAAAAUGGAUUCAAAGAAAGACAAAAAUUACUGAAUGAAUUUUUAGAAUGGCAACAAAACAACUGUGAUAUAAGAAUUGAUGAUGAUUAUAUGAAUUUUAUAAGCGAUACACUUUUUUCAACAGUAACCUCAAAUUCUCGCAUAUUCGAAUUUCCAAACGCCAGAGAAGACAAAUCGACUGCGACCAAUAUUGCCGAUUUUAUACAACCAAGUUUAGGACAGCUGCAGCCGAAUUUAGAUGAAUUCAUGGAUACCAUAGAACCUUUACAAGAUCUAUUUAGUCCUCCUAAGUUACCACCAGUACCAGAAGAAUGUCAAAUGUCAACAGAAUCUUCCAACAAUAUAUACAGCCAACCUUAUGGAAAUGUAAACACAUGUUAUCAGACGAAUCAAAAUUCAUUGUCUUUACAUUCAGAACUGAACCAACUUAAAAUGACAAAUAUGCGACAAGAAAAUACCGAUUCAUCAUGUCCAUUGCACACUAAUAAUUAUUCAACAGGUGAAAACUAUCAAUCUAAUUUUCCUACAAUGUUUCAUCAACCUUCAAAUGGUAGUUAUCAAUCCAAUGAUCUCUCUUACAAUAAUAUUCCCACGGGAGCUACACAACCUCACCACAAUGAAAUGCAGAUACCACCUCCACCGCCUGUAUAUUCUUUUGAAUUCAAUACAUCCAAUAUCAGCCAUGAACCAGUAAUAAACUCCAAUAAUUAUAACCAACAUCAAGAUUUAUCUGCGACUAAUACCUCUGUGAUGAAUUAUGGAAAUGGAUCAUCAACCAACGAUUUUAAGAAUAGAACUCCACAAGUACAAACAUAUAGCAAGUUUCCUCCAGUUGUGAGAAACUCACAAGAUCAAUUUGUGGCACCAAAAAUCAGACAGAGGCAACGCGGUAGACAASCUCAGCCAAAACAAAAAGUUAUGCAAUCGAAUAUAAAUCAUUCAAAUGAUAACAACCAAAGUGUUCUACUUGCUCAGCUUCUCUCAUCAAACAAUAUGUUUUCAACACCAAGUUCAACUGUAGUUUCUACCAACAUGACCAAGUUUCGAAAUACAAACGGAUCUUAUCAAACAUACCAGCAAGUACCACAGGUUCCACAAAUUCCACAGAUACCAUAUCAAUUAAUACAAAGAAGAGCAAGAACACCAGAUCAUGUUUUAACUUCUUACACUGAUCAUCUUGUUUAUCGAAAACCAAGUCCUGUCUUUAUGAAUCAAAGUGACUGUAAUGUAUAUAAUUUAACGCCUAAUACUCGUGGACUUAUCGAUGCAGUUGGAACUCCUGGUGGUAUUCAUCAACUUCCGCAAAUUCAACCUAGAUUUGAUAUACCACAUGGAAACACCCAAGGUUACUCAACCUACAGGCUCCCUCAACCUCAAGAAUAUGUCAAUCACUCUGUCUCUGUCAUAGAUAAACCUUCACCUACCAGCAAUCAACCCUCACCUACAAAUAACUAUAGUCAAYCCUUAAAUACUCCAAUUCCUCAAUCUGUAACAUCUCCUAUGGCAUGUAGUACAGAUCUCUGUCAAAAAACUCUCUCCCCAAGUCAAUCUAACGAGUCAGUAAAUUUGUCACAAAGGAAUGGUUCAAUGGCAAUGCCAACACAUGUAAUGAUCCCUGGUCCAUCAAGAACUCCAUAUAAGGAGCAUAGGAGAGUUUGUCAUAUAAAUGCAGAACAAAAGCGGAGGUGCAACAUUAAGAAUGGAUUUGAUAUGUUAAAUAUGUUAAUACCUCAAAUCAAUCAAAAUGCAAACACAAAAAUGAGUAAAGCAGCGAUGCUACAAAAAGGAGCUGAUUAUAUACUYCAGCUAAGGUCAGAACGAGCAAGGCUAUAUGAAGAGAGACAAAAUUUGCAACAACAAGUUGAAUCUCUUAAUUUAGCUAUAAGUAAUUGUCAAGCCAUGUUACCCGCUACGGGAGCCCCAUUUUCUAGACAACGAACAACAAAAAUGAAAGAAAUGUUCGAUGAAUAUGUUAAGAAACGAACUCAAGAAAAUUGGAAAUUUUAUAUCCUGAGUUUAAUUGCAGAACCGCUAUUAAAUUCAUUUAACUCUAGUGUGUCUACAUCAAGUUAUGAUGAAAUGUAUCGUACUACUCUUCAGUGGGUAGAACAACACUGUACAUUGGGUGAUCUUAGGCCAAUUGCUUUAAAUGCAUUGAGAAAUCUGUGCACAUCUACAGAAAUACUGUCAGAUCCCAGUAAUCUGCCUGAAGAAAUAAAUAAUAUUAUUCAAAAAAGUCAAACAAAACACCAACCAUAAGGAAACAGAAACUAAAAGUAAAUAAUAUAAUCAUUAAAAUUGUAUGUGCCAUUUUUGUUUCUUUAAU